AUGGCAAAGCGGCACAAACAUAUGGUCGGAUACCGGAUAUUUUUCGUUAUAGCCAUACCGACUAUGUACUUCCUUUGCAUCAGUAUGAUGGGAUUUUUCUCUGAUAGCUCGACGAGCACAGGCAACACAGCGAACUGGCGAGGACGCAAAUUGCUGCAAACGAGCGAACUCGAACAGCAAUGGAAUGACAGUUACAACUGCACGCUGCCAGCUAUCAAAGACUUCCCGUCCGACGGGCUUACACGGCAACAAAGACAGGCAGGAUUUAUAAUUGUCCACUUCGUCAUCGCUAUUUAUCUCUUUUUAUUACUUGCCAUUGUCUGCGACGACUAUUUUGUUCCCUCUAUUAAGAAAAUUUGCGACAAGCUUAACGUCACUGAGGAUGUGGCCGGCGCAACCGUAAUGGCAGCUGCAAGUUCGAGUCCGGAAUUGUUCAUCAACGUCAUUGGUACCUUCGUGACGGAAGGUGAUUUGGGAGUAGGCACUAUUGUCGGUUCGGCGGUGUUCAACAUAUUGGCAGUCCCAGCGUGCUGCGCACUGUUCGCAAAUCAAGUGUUGAAUUUGGAGUGGUGGCCCGUGUCGCGUGAUACGCUGGCGUACGCCUUCACGGUUAUCCUCCUGAUACUGACUCUUCGGGAUGGACGUAUCGAGUGGUACGAGGCGCUUAUCCUGGUCUUCUGUUACAUUCUUUAUAUAUCAGCAAUGUGCUUCAACGAUCGCAUCAAUCGUUUCAUAAGACGACUAACGUCCAGAAGGAAAAAGUACACGAAUAUCUGCGAAACAAGCCCCCUCUUGCCAAAUAACUUCGUCAAAAAAGACACCGAGAUAUGUGAACUUAAUUCCAGUGAGCAUGACGAAUCACUCGAAAUUGUGAAUAUGACGAGUUGGCCGAAUUCGACAUGCGAAAAAAUAUGGUGGAUUAUCACCUGGCCUAUUAACUUGGUGUUGCUCAUCACUAUUCCCGAUUGUAGAAGAAACAAGUUAAAAACUUGGUAUCCCUUUACAUUUCUCAUGUGCGUGAUGUGGAUCGCGUCUUCGUCUUACAUUAUUGGAUGGGUCAUCACCGUUAUCGGCGAUACCUUUAGAAUACCUGACUCUAUUAUGGGUUUAACGUUUCUUGCGGCAGGAAUGAGUGUACCUGAAGCAGUAUCCAGCGUUAUUGUCGCGAAUCAAGGUCACGGCGCUAUGGGGAUAAGUAAUUCAAUUGGAUCGAAUGUAUUCGAUGUGUUACUAUGCCUUGGACUGCCGUGGUUCGUAAAAGCUGCGUUAUUACCAAAAAUACCUGGAGAGUAUUACGUUCAAAUUAAUUCUCAGGGACUAGUAUACAGCUCAGUAUCUCUUUUCUCUACGUUAAUUAUCCUAUACGGAGCAUUGUUCCUUAAUAAAUUCAAAUUAAAUCGUACAGUCGGAAUGGUCUGUUUUAUUAUGUACGUUAUAUUUUUGAUAUUCGCAUCUGUCAUAGAACUCAACACAUUUUUCGUCGUUAAUUUACCAGUAUGCACUGACUAGCGCCAUUAUUUAAAUCUGUGUUACGUCGAUUUCGUAGAUAUAAGGCGAUAUUUAUAUCUCUUGUUGAUAUCUAUGUACGCUUAUAUAUUACAAUAAUUAAUUUUUUACUAAAAAUGUUUACGCAAUGUCUUUCCCUCUUUCUCUAUGACAAACUAUACAGACAUGAAUUAUAUACUAAUUUCU